AUGUCUUCCAUAAUUAGGGCAGAGGAUGAGCAAUCCUCGGAACCACCGUCUCUGAUUCUAUCACUUCUUGAAGACCUUAUCGUCGACAUCCUAGCUCGUGUACCGAGAUUCGACUAUCCAAAACUCUCCCUCGUUUCAAAGCACAUCCGGUCACUUGUUACGUCGCCUUAUUUAUACGCGAGACGGUCCUCGUUGCGCUGCACCGAACACUGUAUCUAUGUUGUCCUCUAUAACGCCGAUUCCUUUAAACGUUGGUAUAUUCUCUCCCGGAAACCUAACGGCAACCGUCACUUGGUGCUUAUCCCUUCGCUUCCGGCUAUGUGCGGUGGAAGGUGUGUCGCGGUGGGCUCGAGAAUAUACAUGUUUGGCGGAGUUAACCUUGAAAACAUGCAUCAGCGUGCCUUGAGCAUCGACUGUAGAUCUCACACGGUGCAAACCCUCCCUACAAUGCCUAUAUCCUCGGUUAUCGCAGUCGCUGGCAUCAUUGAUGGGAAAAUAUAUGUAAUUGGAAAUGUUUCUCUCUGCUCGACGAAGGUCAUGGUAGUGUUCAAUACAGAAACACAAACGUGGGAGCCAGAGAUGAUAGACAUGGAUCUGCUAGGUCCAAUGUGGCCUGGUCGUGUGGUGGUGUUGGGUGAUAAGAUAUACAUGAGGGAUUAUGAGAAUACUUUUGUUUACGAGCCAAAAGAAAGUAAAUGGGAAACAGACGAGAUGUUUAAUUAUGAGAAGUGGGAGAAUGCGUGCGUCGUUGAGGGCGUGUGGUACUAUUACGAUUGGUUGGAGGAAAAGUUGAGAGCGUAUGAUCCAAAGAAGAGGUGUUCAGGAGUGGUGAAUGGUUUGGAAUUAGAGUUGUUGCUUAAGACGAAAGGUUCAUGGUCGUUAGAGACAGCGAGUUACGGUGGGAAGCUGGCUAUUUUUUUUACUAAAGCAGUUGACGUAAAAACAGAUGAGGUUUGGUAUGCGGAGAUUACGAUGGAAAGACGCAAAGGAGGGGAGAUUUGGGGGAACGUUGAAUGGUGUGGUCCGGUUACGGAUCCUGGAGAAGUUUACUUAGCAGAACCUCUAGCUGUUAUUGUUUGA